AAAAGUGAAACUGGUGACUUAGUCUUGUGUCACCCGGGUUCCUCGAGCACAUAUUCUUCAAGAUUUUGGUUUUUUGUACGGAGUAUUUAUAUACACAAAAAUUAGGAACCAAAUAGGAAGACUCAUAUCAUUUCAAAAUGGCGGCAACACACAUUUGCAAAGUCCAAACCAAAAGAGUCAUUAUCAACCGUAUUCAUAUCCUCUUUCACUCUUUAGCCAUUCUUGCUCUCUUCUACUACCGUUUCUCGUCUUUCUCCAACCCUCAUAUCUCCCUUUUUCCAUGGGUAUUAUUGACUAUCGCCGACCUCGUUUUCACCUUCAUUUGGGCCAUGACUCAGGCCUUCCGUUGGCGCCCCGUCUUGCACGAUGUGUCUGGCUAUGAGUCCAUCAAUCCACGCGAUCUUCCAAAGAUCGAUAUUUUUAUAUGCACCGCUGAUCCCACCAAGGAGCCUGUGUUGGAAGUGAUGAACUCGGUGAUAUCAUCCAUGGCGCUCGAUUAUCCGCCUGAAAAAAUGGCGGUGUAUUUGUCGGAUGAUGGUGGUUCUCCUUUGACUAGAGAGGCUAUUAAGAAGGCUGUUGAAUUUGCUAAGGUUUGGAUUCCUUUUUGUAAUAUGUAUGGUAUUAAGACUAGGUGUCCUGAUGCUUUCUUCUCCGCUUUGGGUAAUGAUGAAAGACUUCAUCGUGAUCAAGACUUUAACGCUCAUGAAUCACUCCUCAAGUCGAAAUACGAAGCUUUUAAGAAAUAUGUGGAGAAAGAAAGCGGUGAUAUUAAUAAAUGCACCGUUGUGCAUGAUCGUGAACCUUGCAUUGAGAUUAUACAUGACAGUAAACAGGAUGGAGAAGCUGAAGUGAAAAUGCCCCUUGUAGUUUAUGUAGCCAGGGAAAAGAGACCAGGUCAUCCUCAUCGUUUCAAAGCUGGAGCCCUUAACGCUCUUCUCCGAGUAUCAGGACUAUUGAGCAAUGCGCCUUACUUAUUGGUGUUAGACUGUGAUAUGUACUGUCAUGAUCCAACCUCUGCUCGUCAAUCUAUGUGCUUCCAUCUUGACCCGAACAUGUCUCCCUCUCUUGCCUUUGUUCAAUACCCUCAAAUUUUCUACAACACUAGUAAAAAUGAUAUCUAUGAUGGUCAAGCCAGAUCAGCUCAUACGACGAAAUGGCAAGGCAUGGAUGGACUCAGAGGACCGGUCUUGAAUGGAACUGGGUAUUAUCUGAAGAAGAAGGCGAUAUAUGGAAGGCCCCAUAAUGAAGAUGAAUACCUCAUCAAUGAACCAGAAAAGGCUUUUGGUUCUUCCACAAAAUUCAUUGCUUCACUUAAAGAAAACUCGAACCAGGAUCUUGUCUUGAAGGAAUUCACAAACGAUUUGUUACAAGAGGCUAGAAAUUUGGCUACUUGCACUUAUGAAGCAAACUCGCUAUGGGGUGUUGAGGUAGGGUUUUCGUAUGAUUGCCUGUUGGAGAGUUCAUACACUGGAUAUCUCUUACAUUGUAAAGGAUGGAGAUCUGUGUAUCUUUAUCCCAAAAGACCGUGCUUCUUGGGAUGCACGACAAUUGACAUGAAGGAUGCUAUUGUUCAAUUAAUAAAAUGGACUUCCGGAUUACUUGGAGUUGCCAUGUCAAAGUUUAGCCCUCUUACUUAUGCCAUGUCCAGAAUGUCUAUAUUGCAAAGCAUGUGUUACGCGUACAUCACGUGUUCAGGUCUUCUAGCAGUUCCACUCUUUAUAUAUGGUGUUGUUCUACCAUUCUGCCUACUUAAGGGCGUUCCUGUUUUUCCUAAGGUAUCGGAUCCAUGGAUGUUGGGUUUCGUGUUUGUAUUUGUAUCCUCCCAUGUUCAACAUCUAUUCGAAGUGCUAGCAAGUGAUCAUUCAGUGCAACAGUGGUGGAAUGAGGUGAGAAUCUGGAUCAUGAAAGCGAUAACAGCCUGCUUGUUUGGAUCAACUGAAGCAAUAAUGAAGAAGAUUGGGAUACAGAAAACAACAUUCAGAUUAACAAAUAAGGUUGUGGAGAAAGAGAAGUUGGAUAAAUACGAGAAGGGAAAGUUCGAUUUCUCAGGAGCAGCAAUGCUAAUGGUUCCUCUCAUCAUUUUGACUAUACUAAAUUUGGUGUCGUUCGUUGGGGGACUUGUAAGGGUGAUCAACCACAACAACUAUGAUGAUAUGUUCGGGCAACUUUUCCUGUCAUUUUAUCUCCUACUUCUUAGCUACCCUACUUUCGAAGGGAUUGUUACAAAAGUUACAGACAAACUUAGAAAGAAAGAAUAAGGAGUGAUUGAGUAACUGCCUAGUACAGUUUUCACUUCACUUCUCUAGAUUAGUCCUUGUUUUUGUUUAUGUUUAUUAAGAUCAGCAACACUUGUAGACGGUUGCAAUAAUGAGUUCAAUACCGUUUGUUCUGUCCCUCUUGCAAGAACAAGUAUAUAAAUACUUUUCAUUAGCCGGUUGCAUUGUUGGAUUCAUAUAGAUGAAUAUUUCAAAUAUUUCAUCUUUUUGAACUUACACACUAAUGAUUUAUAUCUGGAAUUUUGAAA